AAGGCCAGGCCGGUGGAGUUGCUUGUGCAGAACAUGGAUUCACAGAAGGAUGUUCAGCCUCCAAAGCAGCAGCCAAUGAUUUACAUUUGUGGAGAAUGUCAUACCGAAAAUGAAAUAAAGGCAAGAGAUCCUAUCAGAUGCAGAGAAUGUGGCUACAGAAUAAUGUACAAGAAAAGGACAAAAAGAUUGGUGGUUUUUGAUGCCCGAUGAUGUCUGCUGAAGAUAUAGUGACUUCAUGAUGCAGUUUAAUCUUUCUAAUAACUUUGCUCAUGUACAAAUGCACACUCUUAUUUGUGUUUUAAGAGAUUGAAAUGUUAAAGUUUACUGUGAUAUUAAAUUUUGCCUAUAUUGUCUUCCAGCAAUAUAUUUCUAAAGCUGUUGUUUAAAUUGUAGUCAGAGUAUGCAGUAGGUUUUUUUUAAGUUCAGUGGUACUGUAUUCUUUUUGAGUUAACCUUGUUUCAUUACUGUAAUUUAAACUUUAUUUGCAUUUUAACUUUGUUCAAGUUCUUUGGACUCUAUGAAUUGCAUACAAUAACUGUGGUUUGAAUAAAUUCCACUGAAAAUAAAUAGAAGGCUACACAAGGCUAGGUCUGAAACACAGAUCUGGAUUUCAAAAGAGCAAAUCUCAAAGGACUUGAGAGCACCCAAUUCAGGCACCCAGUUGUGGAGGAAGUGUCAAAAAAAUAAUCUUGCAGAAAACAAGAGGGGAGGGAGGCAAGGUAAACAUUAAGAAGCAAUGUAUAAACAGAAAUUCCCAAAGUGCUUCUUGACUUGGUUGUACUCAAGGAAAGAAUUAGAUCUGUGCUAUAAAGAUAAUUUGGGUAGCAUCCCAAAACUAAAAUAGCACCUUGUUUUGCUUUUCAGGUAACUUCUCAGUGGUCUGUAAUAAAAAGAUCAAAGUGAUGGUUUUGUAUUGAUGAGCUAAAACUUUUUGCAUCUGUCUGUCUGGAAUGUGUGUUAAGUAAUACUAAAAUAUCCUUAUGGCUAAAGUGUACUACAAAAUACUGCUGGAUUGUGCCUGAUGCUAAUUUAGCCUCCUUAAGGGCUUCCAAAUCUCAAUUUUCAUGGUGCUAAUGAUGCUGUUAAUGUUGAGAUAAUGUGUUUAACUCUUAUCAAUAGAGUAAGGUAUCUUUGUUACAGACUGCAUGACCGUGUACUGGCUCAUAAAUGAACUGCAGUGGGUCAUUUUAGGGGAUAAAAAACCAUUAUUGAGAUUUUGUUUUGGAGCUGUUUGGUUAAGACUUUCUUAGGCAUCUUAUCUGAUCUUCGCUAGUAAGACAUUUCUUACCUAGGUUUUUCCUUGGAAGCCAGAUACACUCGAAUAUAAAUGAUAACAUUUUUACUACAUAGAUGCUAUCAGUUUGUUCACCAGACUGGCAUGCAUAGCGUGCACCUUCUGCCUGCACAACAGAAAAAAGGGAUCAGCUAUUGAUACGGC